AUGGAUAAAAACCAGAUGAAUAAAAAAAAAUGUGUUAAUAGUUCAACAUCGAAAAAGCAAGAGAAAACAACAUACAAAAUUAUUGUUCUUGGCAGUGGUGGUGUGGGCAAAUCAGCAAUAACAAUUCAAUUUGUGAAAUCCUACUUUUAUGCGGAUUAUGAUCCGACCAUUGAAGAUAGCUACGUUAAACAAUGUUUGAUUGAUAAUCAAAUAGCAAAUUUAGAAAUUCUCGAUAGUGCUGGUCAGGAAGAAUUUAAGCCAAUGCGUGAUCAAUAUAUGCGUAUUGGUGAAGGUUUUUUACUCGUUUUUAGUUUAACAGAUCGUAGUUCAUUAGAUGAAACGUAUAAAUUUCAUCGCGAUAUAUUACGUAUAAAGGAUUGUGAUAAUGUUAGUAUGAUAUUAGUUGGAAAUAAACAAGAUUGUUCAAGACAAAUAUCACCAGAACAAUGUCAACAAGCAGCACGUUAUAUGCAAAUACCCUACUACGAAACAAGUGCUAAACAACGAUAUAAUAUUGAUGAAGUAUUUAUAGAAUUAAUUCGAAUUAUUCGAAAUAUGAAUGAAAAAGAACGUGCGUUAAAACAACAACAUCAUCAUUUAAAUAAAAAAGAUAAUAGAAAUAAAAAAACAAAUGCUCAAUGGUAUUUGUUAACAACACGUCUAUCGGAAUGGGUUCAUCAAAGUAUAUCUGGAUGUAAAAAAGUGAAUAAAAACAUGUUGUUACUAUUAAUAUUUAUGGCGGGUGCAGCGCUAACACUAUUUGGUUUACGUUAUUUUGUCUACUAUAAAUCUGAAUGGAUAGCGAAACUUUAUUUUAAACUAAAUGGAAUAAAAUGUGGUAUUACAAAGUAUAUAUUAUUCAUUAAUGAUCAGACAAGUUUUACGUAUUGUGAAAAAGGAAUAAGAACAGAUACUAAACCGAGUCUUCUAUUCAUUCAUGGUUUGGCAUCAAAUAAAGAAACAUGGAUACCAAUAGUCAAGGAUAUUCCUAAUACUUAUCAUUGUGUUAUGGUUGAUCUUCCAGGACAUGGUGAAACGAUCUGUAACGAGACUUAUACAAUUGAUUCAUUUGUUAAAGCAUUGAAAACAUUUAUUGAUUGUUAUGGUUUAGUAGAGACUAAUAAACCAUUAUGCUUAGUGGGUUCGUCGAUGGGAGCAACAAUAGCAGCGUUGUUUUCUGCUCGAUAUCCUGCUUAUGUAAGCAUGGUCUGUUUGUUAGCUCCUCCAGCUUUUGCUUGGAAAUUAAGAAAACGAAGUAUUGUGCAACAUAGAAAAGAUUCCUUACUAUUGAAUGAUUAUCCAAAAUUAGAACAAUCUUAUAAUGAAUUAAAAAAUAUCUCAUCUCCAACAUUGAUAUUAUGGGGACGAGAUGAUAAACUGUACACAUAUUUUGGCGCUGACUAUUUCAGAUCAAUUAUACCAAAUUCAAAAGCUUUGAUUCUCAAUGAUUGUGGGCAUUUUAUGGGUUUGGACCAAGGGAAAAAAAUUGGAGAUUACAUAACACAGUUUUAUGAUAAAAAUUGUCCUGCUACAAGCCGCAUUUCGACAAAAACUAUUUCUUAG